UUCUCAGAGGUAAAGGAAAAAUAGUGGAGGUGGAGAUAUGUAAAUUAGUGAAUUUGGUGAUGAAAUUUAACCUGGGUAAAGAACAAGUGAGGCAUGAGGGGUUGAUGAACAAUGCAAAGUGGCAGGGCCAAUGGACUGGAGAUUCCAGUGGUGCUUCCUGAAGCAGGUGAGCCAUAAAGAAGAUGGUCAUCCAGGAGUUUGUUUAUUACAAGGGUUGCUCAUGUUGAGUCCUAUACGUAAAUGGUACGCUUCUAUAUGCACAGGGAGAAUGGAGGGCAGGUGGUUAUCACCCAGUCAGUUCUCAGAUCUGUAUUCUGAAACCCUGAUCUCCUUGCUAGACCACAGUUCUCAAAUUCCAACGCCUGCAAACGUUGCCUGGAUGCACCACUAACACGUCAUGCUAAUCAUAUUUAAACUCCUUCAAACAGUUUCUCUUUCAAAUACACUUGUUCUGGACCACCGUUCUUUUGACUCUUUUCUGACUCCUUCCUCUCUUCUUGCUUCCAGGUGCAAUCUAAUCAAAUAAGUCAUCUUAUAAAACAUUUAUUGGAUCCAUGCUUCUUUCUGCAUUUCCAUUGUCAUAACUUUAUUAACUUGUGUUAAUAGUCACCAAAAUAGUAUCCUCUUUAUAGUCAUUUUUUCCCCUAAUACCAUGUUAGUUUUCAAAAUUACGUUUUUAGUAGCCACAGCCCUUCUCAAAAAAUUUAAGGGGAUUUCCAGUUCUUUUAGAAUCAUGUCCAAACUCUAUAGCAUAGGCUCCAGCCUACUUUCCAUUCUCAUUUCCAUUUCACCUCUUCUUGGAGCCUUCUCAGGCUACACUGAACGUGUGGGCCUUUCCACCCUGUAUCUUAUGCCUGCAUUUCCCUUCUCUUGGGAUUUCUUCCCCUCAUAUCUGAAUGUUAAAAUUUGGGGGGCACAAACUUAAAUAGUAUCUGCUCUAUAAAAAUUUUACUGGAUCCCAACUCUUGAAAAUGAUCUCUUUCCUCUAAAUUUGCAGUAUAACUUUAUAUGUCUAUUAGUAAUAAAAAUAUUUUGUAACAGCUGGCAGUAUAUGAAAACUGUUUUUACAUUUGUUUUAACCCUUACAGCAGUGAAAGGAGGUUUUAUUUAGCACCAUUUUGAAAAUGUGGAAACUGGGAAAGAGAGAUUUAUUUAAACUGUAUAUACUUGUUACAGUCACUGUUACCACUGAAUCAUUUAUAUGCUUGUUUUUCUUGUUUCCAUACUUAUUCCUCAGUGCAUUGAGUUAAGUCUUUGAGCAUAAUAAGCAGUCUUACUUGAAUGAGUGAAAGACUGGCCAAGUCUUUCUUGGCCACAGUAGUUAUGAAAAGUCUUUUCAUGACUAUUUGUGUUAUAUAUGUUUUUAAAUAAUUUAGAUGCAUGUUAAUAGCCUUGUUUUAUGUCGUGACCUUUGUUAAGUCUGGUGGUAAGAAAAAGAUCACCAAAGCUGAACGAUUGAAGCGGCUACAAGAGGAAGAGGAGAGACGACAAAAAGAGGAAGAGGAAGCCCGUCUAAAACAUGAAAAAGAAGAAAUGGAAAGACUUGAAAUACAACGAAUUGAGAAUGAAAAAUGGCAGCAACUUGAAGCAAAACAUCUAGAAAGGAGAAAUGAAGAACUUGAAGAACUUUAUUCCUUAGAGGGGUGUUUUCUUGAAGCAGAAAAACUGAAACGAGAAACUAGAUUGCUUUCUCAGUGGGAACACUAUGUUCAAUGUGAUGGGAGCCCUGAUCCUUCAGUAUCCCAAGAAAUUAAUACUUUUAUUAGUUUGUGGAAAGAGGAAACAAAUGAGACUUUUGAGAAAGUGAUUGUGAAGAGUAAACUAGUGCUAAGAUUAAUUGAUAAAUUGAAAUUAACUUUACUGGAAACUACACUAUAUGACUUACAAAGUAAAAAUAUACAGUACCAAGGAUCAAUUCUAGAACUGCAGGAGCUCCUUCAUCUUAAGUUUAACAAAGCCACAGAAAUACUUCUCAGACAAGCUAGUUCUUUAGCAGAUCUGGACAGUGGAAAUAUGGAGAAAAUCAUUCAAGAUGAGACCGUUACUCUACACGUGUGGGCAAACCUCAAGAAGAAUCCAAGGUACAGAAGUGUGAGAUUCUCUGAAACACAAACUGGAUUUGAAAUUCCAAGGAUAUUAGCAACAAGUGACAUUGCUCUACGACUCCUGCAUACUCAUUAUGAUCAUGUCACACCACUAAACCCUGUUCCAACAUCAUUGCAAGAACAUACUUCCACAGUAUCUCCACACGUCAAAGAGGAAAUUAAGAAUGUGGCUGCGGUAAUCAGUAAAGAGUCCCAAGAAGAGAGUAAACAAGAAAAUGAGUCUAACUCCGUUCAUGAGGAAGACAUAAAUGUGGAAGAACAAGGUGAUAUGGAAGUACAAAUGAGUUCUGUCCAAGGAGAAUGUGAAACCACAGAAUGUGACCUGGAGAUGAAAUUAUUAAGUGAAAUGGUUUCAGCAGCACAGUUGUUGCUGAUAGAGAAUGUUCCUGAAAAGCCAUAUUACUUUGAAGACAAUGAGGUUGAUUUAUACCAAUUCUCAACCCUGGGCGGAGUGUACCACUUGGAUAUUUUGGUGCUUCCUCCACAGUGUAAACCAAUGAAGGGCUGGAUGAUUGUGGAAAUACUCAAGGAAGGAUUACAGAAAUAUACCUAUCCUCCAGAAACUACCGAAGAGUAUGACACAGAGAAUGCCUUCCCACCCAUAGAGGUCACUCUUGAGGUUCAGAAGAAUGUAAUCUUUUUCGAGGAUCCUAAGGUUGCAAGGUGGGAUGCUGAAGGUAAACAUUGGAAAACUGAUGGCAUCAGCAGUGUAUCUUACAAAUCCGAAGAAAGGCUUAUAACAUUCAGCCUGGAGACUUUUGGCCCUGUUACCCUGCUUCAAGAGACUCAUAUUAACAUGCCAUUCCAGUCGUGGGAACUAACACCACUUGAUGGAAGCAAAGUACUGCUGAUAGUGACUACAGUGUUUACUGAGCUGCAAAUACAAAUUAAGGAAAACCUUUGCAUGUUAGCUUCAAUCAAACUAAAUGACAAAAAGCAUUCCUCUAUUUUAGAAGGGAAAUGGAUGACUCCCAUUUCUUUCAUUAUUGCUUUGAAAGAAGCUGGACUGAAUAUCUUCCCUACUGGACACUCUCAUUUUUAUGUUGUCAUAAACCACAAGGUUCCUCUGGUAGAAAUGAAAGCUUAUCGACAAAUGGCGCUGUUAAGCCCUGCUUUUGCAUUUAGUUGGAGCAGAUGGAAUACGCUGUGUGAUUCCGAACAUGUUAUAAUCAAGGUGAGGGAACACCUUACUAAGGAAGAACCUAUUCAGAACCCUGAUUGGGAUCUUUUAAUGUUCAGUGGUGAGAGAGCACGAAGGCUCAGGAUUGACGAGUACAGUGAGGCGUUCUCUGAAGCCCUUAAAGAGGAUUCCGAGUUUCAUUCUACAUUAUAUCACAUGGUUAAGGAUUUUGCUUCUGAAGAAGCAAUGGAGAAAAUAAGGAAUUCCAACUGCCAGUUGACUGACUCUGUAUGCCACAUGCUAUUCUCCACUAGAUUGCUCAGCUAUUCUUAAACUUUAUUCAGCAUGAAAAACCAAGCAACUUGGAGAAAAAUGAGGUAAUUCUUCAACAAAAUGUAAUGAUUGAAUAUACUUCAAAUAGGCUAUUAAAAUGAUCUAAUCAGCA